CAGGAGGAGGAGUGAGAAGAGAGGAGCCCGUGAAGGAGCGUGGAGCAGGAUUGCGAGGUGGACAUGGCUCUGUGUGCCGUGUUGUUGAUCUGUCUCUCGCAGGCAGAGCUGACCAGAGUGUGGGCUCAGGAGCAAAGAGGUUCAUUUCAUGGUCAGUCCGCUCAGGCUGAUAGAGGUCCAUCAGACAUCCAGAGAACAAGAAGAGACCAACAGGAUUCCAGCAGACGCACUCAAAACAGAACUGGGCAAGAGUCAUCCAAUGGCGUCUCCAUUGACAUGCUGCCCGACAACAUGACACGUGUGGUGGAGGACUCUCAAAGGUAUUACUCUUGGCGCAGUUUUGGUCCCAGAGACAAGCGAACGCGUGACCUCUGGGUGGAUCUCGAUUCGGUCCAUCAAGGGCCUGUCCUCAUACACGCCAUCCUGUCCAACAACCAUCGACAGGCAUCGCGGGUGGCUCUAACCUUUGACUUCCCUUUCUAUGGACACCAAGUGAGACAAAUCACCAUAGCAACUGGAGGAUUUAUUUUCACUGGUGAAAUCACACACCGCAUGCUGACUGCGACUCAGUAUAUUGCUCCACUUAUGGCAAACUUCGACCCCAGUUUCUCUAAAAACUCCACUGUACGGUAUCUGGACAAUGGUGAAGUGUUUGUGGUGCAGUGGGACAAGGUGAGGCUAAAGGAUCGAGAGUCAGAAGGAGCUUUUACGUUCCAGGCUGUUCUCCAUCGUAAUGGGACCAUUGUUUUCGGCUACAAAGACGUUCCUUUGCCUGUAGAGAAAAUCAACUCUACUGAGCACCCAGUAAAGGUUGGGCUGUCUGAUGCUUUCAUGGCUCUUCGGUCUUCUCCACAGUCUCCAGAUGCUAGACGGAAGACCAUUUAUGAAUACCAUCGGGUGGAAAUUGACACAGCAAAGAUUGUCAAUAGCUCAGCAUUCGAGUUCAGCCCUUUACCCACCUGCCUCCAGUACACCACCUGCGAACACUGUCUCCAGUCCAACCUAACGUCAGGCUGCGGGUGGUGCAAUACUCUACAAAGGUGCUCAGAUGGAAUAGACAGAUACAGGCAGGAAUGGCUGGAUUAUAGUUGUUCUGAAGAGGCAAAAGGCACAUGUGAAGAUUAUGCUCAGGGAGGACCAGACAGUUCAAUCAAUCCUUUUGGUUCUUCAUCACCGCCAGCCACUCCCACCCCUGCAGCCCAACCCGCCAGUUCUGUGACUGAGGAUGACACCAAACAGCACUUUCAACACCAUGGCCAUGACCCUUUAGGUGAGGAUGAGGCACCAGAACACACAGCAAUAAUUGCAGGAGUAGUGGCAGCUCUGGUUCUGCUGGUGUUCCUGACUCUGCUGGCUGUCUACUACAUUAACACACAUCCAACUGUUGCUCCUCCUUUCUACCUCAUGCAGCGCCGCACCAAUAACUAUUGGCCCUCCAUGAAGUUUCGGAAUCAAGGAUGCCAUUCUAGCUAUGCUGAGGUUGAACUUGGGGGUUAUGAGAAAGAGGGAUUCAUUGAGGCAGAGCAAUGCUGAGGAGGCAGGACUUCCUUAACAAGGGACGGACAAAAGAAAGAGUGCUUUAAUUUUAAGGCUAUGAUUUUAGGAACAAAACAAUAAGGUGGUCACAGACAAGGGAUAUUUCGAGACUGUUAGUAAGAUUUUUGUGAGCUUUUCUCCAUCUCCUUACAGUUGUCAGUCCACCUUGUUUCUUUGUGAUGAAGGAGGUUGUAACUGUUACGAAGGCCUGGUGAUUGUAA